CAAACCAAAAACAGAACACUUACUAAAAAUUUCUACACUGCCUACCAAUCUUAUUUCUUCUUUUAAAAACAAAAAUGGAUUGGACCAGAGGGCAUAUUAUCGGCCACGGCUCCUCCGCCGCUGUCUCUGUUGCCAAGUCACGUUGGUCCAGCGAGAUUUUUGCUGUUAAGUCAGUGGAUUUAUCCCAGUCUCAGUUCUUGCAAAAAGAGCAGAAAAUUUUGUCCGAAUUGAGCUCCCCUUACAUAGUUAGCUACAAGGGUUACGAUGUUACAAAAGAGAACGACAAAUUCUUGUUUAAUCUUAUGAUGGAGUACAUGUCGGACGGUACAAUAACCGAUGAAAUCCGAAAACAGGGUGGUCGGAUCAACGAGCAGUUAAUCGGGUAUUACACCAAGCAAAUUCUGUUGGGAUUAGAAUACUUACAUUCAAGAGGCGUAGUACACUGUGAUAUUAAGGGACAGAAUAUUUUGUUAGGUAAGACCGGUGCCAAAAUUGCAGACUUCGGUUGUGCCAGGUGGGUUGAUCCGGCGGAGAGAGACGGUGGUGCCGCCGCUGCUUCCACCCAGCCAAUUGGCGGCACGCCGAUGUACAUGGCACCGGAGGUGGCGCGUGGGGAAGAACAGGGGUUUGCAGCUGAUAUAUGGGCAUUAGGAUGUACAAUUAUUGAAAUGGCCACUGGUGGAUCACCGUGGACUAAUGUGGCUAAUUCAGCUUCAUUGCUUUACAAAAUUGCAUUUUCAGGGCAAUCCCCACAAAUUCCAAAGUUUCUAUCUUUACAAGCAAAGGAUUUCUUAAGCAAAUGCUUGAGAAGAAAUCCAAAAGAAAGAUGGACGGCUAAAGAACUCCUCAAACAUCAAUUUCUUGAGGAAAUAUCCAAUUCGAAUUUUAAGGUAAUUCAAGACUCUAUCACAAGCUCCCCAACUAGUAUUCUUGAUCAAGAUAUUUGGAAUUCAGUAGAGGAAACAGAAACUAUGGAUUCCACAAUACAACUAGAAACUUCAACAGAUUUUCCUCUUCAAAGGGUAAGAAAAUUGGGUCUGAAUUCAAGAAAACCAAACUGGAGACGGGACGAUGAAAUUUGGACAACAGUUAGAAUGAACAGUAAACAAAAUGAAGGAUAUGAUGAUUUGGAAGUUUGUGGGACAAUGACAGCUUUUUCUGGAAGUCAUGAAAUUGAGCUGGAAAGCUGUUUUGGUAGUGAAGAGUUGGAAAUACGUUGUUUAGAUAAUAUUUUUUGUUGUAAUAUACAAAAGAGCUCUGUAGUUAGAAGUCUCAAUUUUACCAGACAUUUGACAAGUUCAGUAAAUAAAAUUCAAUGUUCAUAA